ACCAGUUUGAUAUCACGUGUCCGUGCGAACUCGCGUUUUUUGUACCUCUCAGUAUUUUCCCGUACAAUUAUGUGUAUUUUUAAAUUUUUAGUUUGCGUUUAGGAAAUAAAUCGCAAAUUUGAAUUUUCGUUUAGUGAACUUUGUGAGUUUGUGAAGUGAUUAAGUAAAGACGAUUAAGGAAACAAAAAUGAUUUUAAACAGUUGUCGAAAGCCGCGCAUUUGGAUUGGCGUCGUGAUCGCGGCGGUGGUCGUGGCCGCGCUGGUGGCCGUGCUGGUGGUGCAGCCGUGGGCAGAGGACGGCAGCCACGCACGGUUCGCGCGCGCCGCCGUCGCCGCCAAUGGACACGAGUGUGCGGCUAUCGGACGCUCAAUACUUGAGAAGAACGGCAGCGCCGUCGACGCAGCGAUAGCCACACUCUUCUGCGAGGGCCUAGGCUGCGCGCAAUGUAUGGGCUUGGGCGGUGGCUUCUUGGCCACUGUGUACGACGCCAGCACGGGCCGCGUGAGGGUCAUCAACGCGCGGGAGCGAGCGCCGAUGGCCACCACGGUCAACAUGUUCGACAACGCGUCCUCCACAGUCGGCGGGCUCGCGAUCGCCGUUCCGGGAGAGCUGCGAGGCUACGGCGAAUUAUAUCGAGAAUACGGCCGCUUGCCCUGGGCGGAGCUGGUCCGUCCCACAGCCGAGCUCUGCCGAACGGGCCACCGAGUGACCGAGUACAUGGGCCGAAUGCUGGGGACCUACAGCGACAGGAUCAAGGCCCAGCCGUCCAUGAGCGAAUUGUACAUCAACCCAUCGACGAACGAAGUGUACAAGGAGGGCGACAUAAUCGCGGAGCCGACGCUGGCGCGGACGCUGGACGUGAUAGCCGAGGAGGGUCCGGAGGCGAUGCACAACGGCUCGCUCACCGCCGCGCUCGUCCGCGAUAUCGAGCGGUUCGGCGGCAUUAUCACAGAGGAGGAUAUGAGGCAAUACAGGGUGGAAUGGCAAGAGCCAAUAUCAGUGCGGCUGUCCGAUCAGCACACGUUAUACUCGGUGCCGCUGCCCGGCUCGGGUUCCGUGCUGGCGUUCAUCCUCAACAUGCUGGCCGGGUGGGUCGGCGGCGAGGCCGCGCCGCAGGCCUCCGGCCUCUACUACCACCGCGUCAUCGAGGCCUUCAAGUACGCGUACGCCAAGCGCACAGGGCUCGGGGACGCUUCACGAUCCGACCUCACGUAUUCCGUCACUGAGCUGGAACGCAAUCUAUCCAACGCCGCAUGGGCCCGUGCUUUCCGCGACCAAGUGAACGACGACCAUACCUUCAACGACUGGCGACACUAUGGUGCGCUGUUCGAAGGCGCCGACGACCACGGCACUGCGCAGAUCGUCGUUAUAGCUCCUGAUGGCAGCGCUGUUUCUGCUACCAGCACCAUUAACUACAUUUGGGGCAGCCAACGCCGUUCAACAAGCCUCGGCAUAAUGCUGAACAACGAGAUGGACGACUUUGCGAUCCCAAACCACGCGUCAGCUUACGGCAUGCCGCCGUCCCCUGCCAACAUGCUGGCGCCGGGAUUACAGCCUCUUAGCUCCAUGGUGCCUAGCAUCGUGCUGAACCAGCGGGGCGAAGCUGACUUGGUGCUGGGUGCUGCCGGUGGUACUAAGAUCACUACGCAAGUGGCUUUGACGGUGAUAAACACAAUACUCGAGGGCAGCUCGCUCCCUGAAGUGAUGAACAGACCGCGUUUGCAUCAUCAGCUCAUGCCAAUGGAAGUGGAGCAUGAACACGACUUUAAUGCGGACAUAAUCAAAGCGCUCCGAGCGAAGAACCACUCGACGACCGAGCUCGACCGGACGGCCGGUUUCGCCGCCAUGGUGGGAGCCCAGCGGGACAGCGAAGGCUACUUCGUGCCCAACACGGACAGGCGGAGAGGUGGCAGCAUCGACGGUUUCUAAUACAUUCUUCAUUUGUUUAUAUUGCCGCUCUGUGAGCUGUAGACCUCGCACGUUAGUUCCAACAUUUAGGAAAGAAACUAUAAGAUUUAAAUCAACACAAUAAUCAUUGUGCUAGUGUUCGUCCAGCUCUAGUUUUCGUCCACUUGACAAUAUUUUAUAUAAAAUGUGCUGCAAUGUGCUGCUUUAGAAAAUAACAGAUUAAGUAAAUCUAUUGAUGUAAAGAUAUUGAUUGCUACCUACUACAUCGAGAGGACGAAAACUAAUGAAUAGAUAAAAACACUAUUGCCCUAUCUAGUUAUUAAAUGGUAAUCGGUUCAGAAAUGUUGAACAAGCCGGAUAUGUAAUCAUUUUUGCUUGGCCUGAAAGAGAUGUUCUUUCCUAAAGCUUUGGGCAGAAGAAAAAUCGUUGAGAGUUGAUUUUUUACACGCAGAAGGAUUAAGCUUUCUGCAUCUUCCCCAUGUACAUAGCAUAAUUCAUGUUACCUUAUUUAAUAAUACAAUUAUUAACUUAAUUACCUAUACUUACAUGAUAUUACAAAUCGUCAUAAAAAAACCCAAAGUUGCUGUUGGUUUAGGUGGCCUGGCUAUCUAAGCAUUUAGGUGGAUUACGUGUAAAAAUACAGAAAUUAGCACAAUAAAAGGUAUAAUCUUUAUAAAUUUGUAUAUAUUAUAUGAAACCACUGACGUAAUUACCACAUUGUUAAAAAUUUAAAUGAUAGUAUUUUGUAAAUAAAACCUAAUACCGUAUUGUAUUAUAGUUGGUAAACAUCAUUUCAUAUGUAAGACAUAGAAGGUAAUAGCAAUUCAAUGUAAGUCGUGCAGCGAUGCAAAAUAUAUUCGUUUAAAUUAUAACGUUUUUGUAUAGUAAGUUAUGUAACUUAUAUGCUCAUUGCCUCAUUCUGUUGUAUAUUGUAUUAACAAUAUUACGACCGGUCUGGUCUAGCGAUGAACACAGAUAUUUGUUCCUGCGUCAUGGAUGUUUUUGAUGUAUAUAAGUAUAUAUUUAUCUAUAUAAGUAAGUUUAUCGUCACCUAGCACACAUAGUAGGUACAGUACAAGCUUUGCUUAAUUUGGGGCUAGGUUGAUCUGUGUAAGGUGUCCCCCAAUAUUUAUUUAUUUUAUUUACUUAUUUGCUGUUGUUUUAUGUAUCUACUGUACACUUACAUUUAUAGUACAAAUUAUUAUGCGGGAUAUUAUUCAUUUAUUCUUAUGUAACGGCCCAAUAUUUGAGGAGAUUAUUUAAUACUCUCUUUAUGUAAUUGAUGACCUUCUAUGCAUAAUGUUGUAGAUAUUUUCUCUGGCGGCCUACAUUUUUUGUUACAUAAUAAUGACAGUAAUUUAAUGCUCGUUUUCACUGUACCGAAUCACAGUCAGGCAUCCUGCAUUAUUUUUUCAAAUUACUUGGUAUACCUACCUACUUACAGUAUUGAAUUAUUGAUCGGUGGCCACAUUUAGGGUAGUUUACCUUACCUUAAAAACUACCGUCCGUGAUAGGAAUUGUAUGGGUUCCACCUUUUUUUGUGUACGCGGAAACCAUGUAAUGUGAUGUUAAUUUUAGUUACCUACCCAUGUAACUUGCUGUGAUGUGAUAUUAAUUGUUUGCUUAAAUAAUAAUGUAAUAAUAUAUGUAUUGUUAAUAAAAAUAACUGAAUAUAU